GUUAUUAUAUGGAUGUUCUUCUUCUUUAUCUUUACUUCUCUUUUUCCCUUCUACGGGAAAAUAAAGCCUCAUCUGCCCUAUGUUAGGUAAUAAUUAGGACCCUCCAAAUCCGGAUCCGAACUACAAUUUAUCUAACAUUUCAAUUCAGUUCUAUCGGAUCCCAUUUGCUUGGCCCGAAUCGAAAUGACGCGGCGGUGCUCGCAUUGCAGCCACAAUGGCCACAACUCUCGGACAUGCCCAAACCGCGGUGUCAAGCUCUUCGGAGUCAGACUGACCGAUGGUUCGAUCCGAAAAAGUGCUAGUAUGGGCAAUCUCAUCCACUAUGCGGGCUCCAAUUUAAGUCAUAACAACAUUAACGGGUCAAACCCGGAAGCUUCACCUGUUGAGACGCCGGAUCAUGCUGACGGGUACGCCUCUGAGGAUUUCGUUCCCGGGUCGUCAUCCAGUCGUGAACGGAAGAAAGGAGUCCCAUGGACAGAAGAGGAGCAUAGAAUGUUUCUUCUAGGUCUGCAGAAGCUUGGCAAAGGUGAUUGGCGUGGAAUUGCACGUAACUAUGUUGUAUCAAGAACACCUACACAAGUUGCUAGCCAUGCUCAAAAAUAUUUUCUCAGGCAAAGCAAUGUUUCCCGGAGAAAAAGACGUUCCAGCCUGUUUGAUAUUGUUCCUGAUGAGUCAUUGGACAGUGCAGUGUUAUCUCAGGACUUAUUCUUGGCCAACCCCCAGCCUGAACCACAAGGCAAUAAUCCACUACCUGCUGCUCCUGCUUUAGAUGAAGAAUGUGAAUCAAUGGAUUCAACAAACUCCAAUGAUGGAGAACUGGCCCCUUCAAAGCCAGAAAGCUCGGAGUCUUCUUUUCCAGUUAUAUAUCCACCGGCCCGUUCAAAGCCAGAAAGCUCAGAGCCUUCUUUUCCAGUUAUAUAUCCUGCUUAUGUCUCACCGUUCUUUCCUUUUUCUUUUCCUUUCUGGCCGGGUUACAACACAGAGCUGAGUAGGAAGGAAACGCAUGAAGUGCUCAAGCCAACAGCAGUACACUCGAAGAGCCCUAUCAAUGUUGAUGAACUGGUUGGCAUGUCAAAACUUUGUUUGGGAGAAUCUAUUGGCCAGACUGGUCCGUCUACCCUUUCAUUGAAACUUCUUGAAGGGUCAUCUAGACAAUCAGCUUUCCAUGCUAAACCAGCCGCUGACAAUUCUGGUAUGAAUUCAAGUAGCAGUCCUAUCCAUGCAGUUUAAGUGCAGCUUUGAUGAGGUUGAUAGUCUAGUUAGCUCCAAGCUGAUGAGCUCUACAGAUGAAUGUUAAUACAAGACUAAUAAUUUGUAGUUGGAUUUCGUUUGAGUCAUUUCUUUGUGGAAUUACCUAAAUAAGAUUGGUCUUUCAGUUCAAUAACUUUAUCUCAUAGCUUGUAGGUUGUAGAAUCUCUGUUUAGAAAUUAUUUGAAUCCUUGCAUAUUGUGUUUUAUGGAACUUGAUGCUUUCUUCUUA